UUCGUCUCUCUCCGCUCCUGCGCUUCCACACAAUUCGCGCGCGCCUCCGCUCUCCUCCCGCCAUCGCUCCGGCGAGGAGUGAGGGCGGGCGCGACGACCCAGGCGGCGGCGGUUGUGAUGGAGGAAGCGGAAAGAGGCGGCUGGGCGGUGCCGCUCGCCGUGCCGGAGCUCAUCGCUGGCGGGGUCGCCGGUGGCGUUGCCAAGUGCGCCGUCGCGCCGCUCGAGCGCGUCAAGAUCCUCCUACAGACUAGUAGGGCGGAAUUCCGUGGGUCUGGAUUGGUUGGAUCGUUUCGGACAAUCUAUCGGACAGAAGGUCCCUUCGGGUUUUACAGGGGCAAUGGUGCCAGCGUUGCUAGGAUUGUUCCUUAUGCAGCUUUGCAUUACAUGGCAUACGAAGAGUAUCACCGAUGGAUCAUUCUUGGUUUUCCUAAUGUUCAACAAGGGCCUGUUCUUGAUCUAGUGGCUGGAUCAAUAGCUGGGGGAACAGCAGUCGUGUCCACAUAUCCGCUUGAUCUGGUUCGCACGAAGUUGGCUUAUCAGGUCAAAGGUGCAGUGAACCUCAGUUUAAGAGAAUCUAAGCCCUCCGAACAGGUUUACAAAGGGAUCCUUGAUUGUUUGAAAAUAAUAUACAGGCAAAAUGGCUUGAAAGGCCUAUACCGUGGCAUGGCUCCAUCAUUAUAUGGAAUCUUUCCUUAUUCCGGUCUUAAAUUCUAUUUCUAUGAGAAGAUGAAGACUCAUGUUCCUGAAGAGCACAGAAGAGAUAUUAUACCAAAACUUGCUUGUGGGUCAGUUGCUGGUUUGUUAGGACAGACAAUAACGUAUCCCCUUGAUGUUGUUAGGCGGCAAAUGCAGGUUCAGGCGCUCUCAUCGUCCAACCUCGUGAAGGGGAAAGAAACAUUUGGAAGCCUUGCUAUGAUAAAACAUCAAGGUUGGAAGCAACUGUUUUCAGGACUAUCUAUCAACUAUUUGAAGGUUGUCCCAUCGGCAGCCCUAGGGCUUACUGUGUACGAUUCCAUGAGGGAUUGGCUUAAUGUUCCAUCUAGAGAGCAAGUGCCUGUGGUUGUCCCUGUGUUAUCAGAAGACGGAAGUGAUGCUGCCCCUGUUUACUCCAGUUAG